CCGUAACCUCAAUGUAGCAACAACUUCUUUUUUUUCUUCACUGAUCCAAGUCCCCAAACCGAGCUCCACUCGAAAUACAUCUUACGUGGAGGAAUUCACGUCCAUGUGCAAUCUGCUCUCAACUUUUCGAUUUAACUCAGUUAUCCUGUCUGAUCCACCGCGGGGUACCGCUUUCAAAGUUCGUUGAUUCAACUGGGGCAAGAACCUUUCGACCGCAGAGUGGCGCUGAACUUUCGACGUUGAAACGACACUGUUCGUCCAGGACGCCUUUCUUUUCACCGGAGACGUUCCUUACUCCUUGCGCGUGGUGUAGCAACCAAGAUGGCACCAGUGCUAUGCGCAAAGUGCAAAACCGAGCGCGCUCUCGUGAAGCGGCCCAAGAACCACCAGAAGCUUUGCAAGGGCUGUUUUAUCUCAGUAUUUGAGGAAGAAGUACAUCACACCAUCGUCUCCUCUUCACUAUUUUCUCGGGGAGAGCAAGUAGCUAUCGGGGCUUCGGGUGGCAAAGACUCGACCGUCUUAGCAAGUGUCCUCAAAACCCUUAACGACAGGUAUGACUACGGCUUGAAUCUUGUACUCCUCAGCAUCGAUGAGGGCAUCAAGGGUUACAGAGACGAUUCACUCGAAACCGUCAAGAGAAAUGCCGUUCAAUACGAUAUGCCCCUUACUAUAGUAGGGUACGACGAGUUGUACGGCUGGACGAUGGACCAGGUUGUCGAAGUGAUUGGAAAGAAAGGCAACUGCACAUAUUGCGGCGUGUUCCGUCGACAGGCGCUGGACCGUGGAGCCAAGAUUCUAAACAUUAAACAUGUCGUCACGGGCCACAACGCAGAUGAUGUUGCUGAAACUAUCCUCAUGAACCUCUUGAGAGGAGAUUUGCCACGGCUGGGUCGCAGCACAAGUAUCGUCACUGGCGACGAUACCAGCGAUGUCAAGCGCAGUAAACCCCUCAAGUACUCCUAUGAGAAGGAGAUUGUGCUGUAUGCCCAUCAUAAGAAGCUCGACUACUUCAGUACCGAAUGCAUCUACAGCCCCGAAGCAUUCCGUGGCACUGCUCGCACCCUAAUCAAGAACCUUGAGCGGGUGCGGCCAAGCGCUAUUUUGGACAUUGUCCGCAGCGGCGAGGACAUGGCUCGGCUUGUUGCGGGAGGUUCGAGCAGCUCUUGCGCUUGCAAAGGAAGCGUUCCCCGUGUCGCCGAGGAUGACUUUGUUGCUGGCUGCGGCUCGCAGCAAAGCAAAGGCCUCGAGACAGAGAUUGCUCAAUUGGAUACAAGCUUGAGCCAGGCAACUCUGGCCAAAUCUCAAGAGACAGACUUCACGCCUGUUCCUUCAUCUUCACCAAACACCGCAAAGAAGACUCAAAAACCGUCCGAGACGCCUAAAUCUAGACCUGGCCAAGCACAAACAGCUCCAAGUGCUCCCUUACAGACGUUGGGCAAGUGUGAGAGAUGCGGCUACAUGUCUAGUCAAGCCAUCUGCCAAGCUUGUCUGUUGGUGGAUGGGUUGAACAAGAAUAAAGCGCAGAUUCGGUUAUAGGGACAAUAAAGUCAUCGUCUCAAGCCAGAUUGCGCAGACAAGUGCCAUGUCUUCCCGUGGCCCGUAUCCCACCUCCCCCCUUGAUGUGAUUUGGUGCAUGAGUCCGGCUUGGUCGUGUCAAGAAUCGCAUAGGCCACGGCAGUAGGUUUUGGACUGAACAAGA